ACGAGAUGGGGAAGAUGGCGGCGGCAUUGGGCUCCGUGGCGACGCUGGCAGCUGAGCCUGGGGAGGAUGCAUUUAGGAAGCUUUUCCGCUUUUACCGGCAGAGCCGCCCCGGAACCGCAGAUCUGGGAGGGGUCAUCGACUUCUCGGUGUCCCACGCAGCCCGCGGCACGGGACCUGGUGCCCCCAAGGUGGUCAGAUCUCAGCUGAAUUUGUCCUCAGUCAAUGACCAUGAUGCACUCAGAGCAGGACUUCAGCCGGUCAGCAAGUGGCAAGCCUACGGACUCCAAGGCUAUCCUGGAUUUAUUUUUAUCUCAAACCCCUUCCUCCCAGGUUACCAGUGGCACUGGGUAAAGCAGUGCCUUAAGUUAUAUUCCCGGAAACCUAAUGUAUGUAACCUGGAUAAGCAUAUGACUAAAGAAGAGACCCAGGAUUUGUGGGAACAGAGCAAGGAGUUUCUAAGGUGUAAAGAAGUGAAUAAACGGAGACCCCGAAGUUUGCUAGAGAAACUGCGCUGGGUGACCCUUGGCUACCAUUAUAACUGGGACAGUAAGAGAUACUCAGCAGGUCAUUAUACACCUUUCCCUUCUGACCUGGCUUUCCUCUCAGAGCAAGUGGCUGCUGCCUGUGGGUUUCAGGGUUUCCGAGCUGAAGCAGGCAUCCUGAAUUACUACCGACUAGACUCCACACUGGGCAUCCACGUAGACAAAUCUGAGCUAGAUCACUCCAGACCCCUGCUGUCAUUCAGCUUCGGACAGUCUGCCAUCUUUCUCCUGGGUGGCCUCAGAAGAGACGAAGCCCCCACCCCCAUGUUUAUGCACAGUGGUGACAUCAUGGUAAUGUCAGGCUUCAGCCGCCUGCUGAACCAUGCAGUCCCGAGGGUCCUUCCCAGUGCAGAAGGGGACAGCCUGCCUGGCUGCCUCGGGAUGCCUCUCCCAGCUGACCUGCCCAGAGACUCGGUGGUGGAGCCCUGUUCUCUGGAGGACUGGCAGGUGUGCGCCAGCUACUUGAAAACUGCUCGCGUUAACAUGACUGUCCGGCAGGUGCUGGCCGUGGGUCAGGACUUCCCUUUGGAACCCACGGAGGAGAAUAAAAGAGACAUCACCGCGGAAGGUUCCUGCCAUCUGGAUGAUGACAGUAGCCACGUCAAACGAGCGAGGUUCAGCCCUGACUGCUGAGACUUGGAGAGCCUGUUCUUAUACUCCGGCAGGUUCUACAGCAAAUGGCUGUGCUGUUUUGUAUUGCCAUCGACUUUAGCACCAAGACAAGCCAAAAAACAGAGACAGGGAAAAACUCAUCACUGAUCACACUGUUGCCUUAGAACUCAUCCUGAAGAGGAAACUGAUUAACCACUUUGUUCAGAGAAGUGUUUGACGUUGUCCAGUCCUGGUUAGGUUUUGGCGCUAAAGUACAGAGAAGUCCAAGAGGGUAUGACCUUCCACAAGAGCCUUUUCAGCCUCGCCAUCACCUUUGAGUGAGGUAGAAGUGAGUUUCCAUGUCUAUGGCAUCUUUAAAUACCUCAAGUUUUGUUGAUGGGAAACAUUAUUCUCCUUCCACCACCCUGUCUAGGGAUUUGUGGUAAAAUGUGGUUCCAUGAACCAACCAUUAGUCUUACCUUAAUUCUUCCAAUCGACGUUGAAUUCUUUGGACUUCUCUAGUCUUCACAGAAGAAUCCUAUACACAUAACUGGAAAUCACAUCUCCUAGGAAAGAAAUUAAUCCCAGCUAUCUCUCUUGCCUAAAAGGUAAACACGUAUAAACCCAAGGAAAGAGGAACAGUAGUUUCUCCAGAUGUCUUUUGGGUCUGUGAACAGUUCCGUUGGCUUUUAAAUUCAAUUUUAAUUGUUGGACUAAAAAAAUCCUAAGGGUAUUCUGUAACUAUUUUCUCCAUGAAUAAACUUACUCAAUUUUAAAUUAAAGAUCUGUAUCUGUGUUUGAGGGUGAAUGUAUCUGGGAUUAGUUUUUUUCCUAUUUUCACUUGCUGUAUUGUUCAUGCUAUUGAAGCCCUCUAUCUGUUUCUGCCCUAAGUAUUCUUUGUAGCUGUCUCACAGGAGAGAAUAUUCCUUGACAUUCUAGUCACUCUUUUUUUUUUUGGAUUAUAGACAGCAUGGAAAAUGCAUGAAGCACUGAGUUUUAAUCUAUGUACCCCCACUACUCAACUCAGUAUAUCCUGAGCCUUUAAGUUAAAUUAUGCUUGUCUGGACCUCAGUUUCCUCGUCCAUAAAAUGAAGAUAAUGUUUACUACCAUCUUCCUAGAUGGAUGUUGCUAUGUCAAACAGUAAUGGAAAUGUAGUGCCCCUUUCUAGGAACAUAAUGUUGCCAAUAUUUUAUUACUGUAUAGACUCUUAGAAACACCCCAGCUUAUCUGUGUGGAUGCCUGACCAGAAGAUGCUUUGUUACCUGCUGCUUGUGACACGAUUUGCCAAAUUUUGGUUUCUUCUCUGUCCUGCCCUUUUUUUUUCUUGAGUGUUGAAUAAUUGAGUUUAUAUUGUAAUCUUUGAUGAGUUUCUUUAGAGGAAUAAAAAUUAACAGAUUCAUCCUUUAUGUGUAGCUGGGUUCUAAAAUUAGUUCAUAAUAGGAUAAUUUUAUAUAAUUAAAAUUACCACUGAGAAAAAAAAAAUCUCUUAAAUUUUCCAUAAUAUACAUUAUAUGAACACUGUGUGCAUUAUAUUUGACUCAUGGUUUUCAGUGCUGAAAACCAACAUGUCAUUCAGUAAAUCCAGCAGGCAACUUACUCUUCAGCAUUUGAAUAGAUUGUUCUUUAGUCAGUUGAUUGUCAGAUGAAGGUGUUGGCUCUUGGUCAGGGACAGUAUUUUACACAAAAUGCAUGUUCAAACUGAAUAUGGAGUGAGAUACGUAUGCUGUGAGAAACUGAGGCCGGCCAAGAGGAGAGCAGAUUCCCCUCGCCCAACCAGGCUUCCUCUAAGGCUGUGCCCGUGAACGCAUUUGGGAGGUGGAGGGGGCUGAGCAGAACUGUUGCACAACUCAGUUCUCGUUUUUAAGUAUAUUUCUGUGAGGCACAUGUAGGUGAAGAUGUAUGUAAUGCAGCUCAACUUUGGCACAGGAAAUGAUACAACUC